GGGUUCCGUCAAUGAAAAAGCAAUGAAUACUCCGCAUUCUUAUCAAGUUUUGUUGACAAAUUUUCAAACUGCAUUGUGCAAUUCCCUGUGUGAAAGAUGUGCUUUUCUCACGCAGCUGCUUCAAGAUUCACCUCUGAAGGAGUUACAGUAUGUGUUCCCUACUUUGGUAGAGAACAUUUUUGGAUUCCGUACCGGUGCAGAUUGGGGUUUUCUCUCACUUGAGAAGGAAGUUCACUAUAGAGAGUUUGAAGUUCUACGGAGUUUCAUGUCACCAAAUGGGCCAAUCUUGAAGCUUGUGUACAAAUUUACUGAAGAUAUUUCUCCGAAGUUUGAAUUCCCCAUCUCAUGCCUUCCAGGUCCUAGUCAGAUGAUGCUUCGUGAAGGGAAAAUGCCUCCUUUAUAUGCUAACAAGCUUCAGAUUUUGAAUCCAGGAUUGUUCCCCUCUGUUGUACAGCUAAAUAUCCUUUCAAACAAUAAAUACUUUGAUGCUUUUGAGUUUUAUUUCUUCCACUUUGCUUACUUUAUAGUGAAUCCAAAUUUAAAAACUUCCUCAUGCACAGUUAAUCAACAAGAAGCUCUGUAUGCUCAUAUUCUGGAAGAUUAUUUACAUUUCUUUUUACCUACUGAAGGCAGAGCUAUUCCAUUGUAUCAAGCAUCAUCCAGUAUGCAGCAGUCUCCAAUUAUAACAUCAUCUUUGUCUCCAAAUUUUGGAAAGCUCAAUGCAUCAAGCGAUCAUUUGAGUAGAAGUCAUCUAAGACCUGAUUUCUUGUCCCCUGUAAAUGAAAAACCAAGUCUUUUCAAGAAAGAUACUAUGUUAAUGGUUGCAUCUUCUACUCCUUCUAAUUCAUCCUGUGGACUAAGCUCAUCUCUAGCUGAAAGCUGGAGAUCAGAAUCGUUUCUUUUGAUUUUGAGAGAGAUGUACUUGAAUCAAACAUCUUUGAACCAGCAAAAUACUUUGGAUCUGAUGACAAAAGCUUAUGUAUCUAGUCACUAUCAUGUGUGGAUGGUUCGCCUGCUCGUAAAACAUCUACACUUCUUCUUUAAUAGUUCUUUCUCUUCUGGCCAAACUUCUGGACAUGGACAAAUUAUGAUUGAUAGUUUUGGUCGUCUGAAGAGUAUAGGAAUGACACAGUUUAUGCAGAAGGAAAUGUAUUGCUUUUUGAAAUCUACAUUUGAUCACUGGCCUCUUGAUUCGUCUUUUCGAGUGCCUCUUGAAACAUGGUUAAGCUAUAUUCAACCCUGGAGGUAUUGUCGAAGUGAUUUGGAUGGUGCAUUUUUACAAAAAUAUACAAAUGAGAACAUAUUAUUUUAUUCAACAAUAUUUCAGCAAGUUCUGAGAAGAUUUUUAAGAAUGGAUUUAAGCUGUCCGAAAAACGCUUACAUGUUGUUUAGACUUACUAAGGUAUUUUCAAUUGGUGGUUUGAGAGAAAUGAUAAUGCAAGCUGAAAAAAGUUGUGUAUCUAAGCCAUCAAGUCUUGAAGUAUCAUCUUACAUUCAGCGCUCUCCAGAAAAAUCGUUUUCUUUUCGAAAACUUUCCCAUCUUGAAGCUCCAGGAUCCAGUUAUGUACCUCUUUUUAGUGAACCUGUAUUUAUGAUGGUUACCCAUUUGCUGUCAUCCAUAUCUGCUGCCCUGAGAGAAGAGAAUUUGGACCCCAAUGGAGAUGUAGGCAAUAAAAGCUUUUUUUCAAAAGUAUGCAGUUUCUUAGAUACUUCAAAUGAUGCGUAUAAUUCUGAUGACAACUCGCCAGCAGAUAUGAAAAAACUUACACAACAUUUAGAAACUUCAGCUGAUCAGUUAUGUCAAUUUUUUCGAGAGGUGUCUCGUCCAACAUUAUGUUCUUCUGUUAAUACUACAUCUGCGAAAGGGUCGACUUCAGCUGUGACUUCUGAAAAUACGACUGAAUCAAGAGUUCAUGAUUUAAGCACUUUUGAACGAAUUCAGUUGCUGAAUAAAAAAAAGAAGCCGAAUGUGACAUAUCAAGGCAAUCCUGAUCUCCAACCUGUGCGUACUUAUGAAGUAGCUGUUUUAGUCAAAUUCUUCAAUGAAAUAUCACAAUUUCUUAAUGAUAAGUAUGCCUCUGAGAUCCAACAACUUUACUACAAUCCAAGGCUACUGGGAAAAGUGUUUCGCCGUAUACUUGCAAAGCCUGUUGUUUAUCAUAAUGUAAUCAAGUCCAGUGAUAUGCAGUCAGUGGCUUGGAAUCCUGUUAACUUGCCACCUCGCAUCAAUCUACGGUUUUUAGCUCAAAAGCAGAUUAUUUUUUAUUUCUUAAUGGCAAUGAUAUUUAAUUGGUAUGUAGGUUAUAACCCUAUACUUAUGCUAAUGUUCCUUUUACUUUUAACAAUGGUUUUAAUUUUAAUAAGUGCCUUCAUUUACCCUGUACCAAUAGGAAACAAAAAUGAUUGAAGUUUACGAAAGUAUUCUUCAAAAAAUAUUAUUUUUAAAAAUCUUCUUGUAAUGGAGUGACUUGUGCUGGUUGUUCUACCUUACUUAAUUAUUUUUAAACAUUGUAUUUACAAAACCAUGUUCAACUCCAAAAAAAAAUUCUGAUACAAAUCCUUUCCUACAAAUAGUAUUUUAAAUACACUCAAAGAUGGUUUUUAUCUGUAACUAUGUAAACACCUCAGUGUGUUUUAUUCAAAACUGUCAUUAUGAUAAUUUACCUAAUUUGAAGAAACCUAAUACUAACUGUUGAAGAAGUUCUUUUGGAUUAGUUUAAGAAUAUUUUAUCAUUGUUAAAAAAUUGUUUAUAAUUUUCAUUGUUUUGAAUAGUUUCCGACACUUCUUUAAAAUUGAUCUUAGGUUAAUUACUGCAUUAUAUAUUUCAUAUGAUGUAAUUUAUAUUUCAGUUCAGAUUUUUCUACUAAAUUUUUUGCUCUUAGUACAACCAAGUCCCACUUUUGUGCAAUAGAUGACCCCCCCCCCCCAAAAAAAAAGCAAUCAGCAAUUCAUUGUGAAGUUCUUAUGUGUCAAUUCUGAAAUACUAACUGGUUUUUGUAAUUUAAAGUAUGAUUGGAGAAUUUCUUUUUUGUAGUUCAUAAACAUAUAUUUUUAAAUUCUGUUGCACACAUCUCGAAAAUGCUGUAGUGAUUGUGUAAAUAUGUAUAUACAUUGGAAUAUUUUUGUAAUUAGUGUACUUGAUCAAAAAUAAAACUGCUAUAUUUCUGCU